GCCCGGAUCACCGGCAGCGCAUCUUCUCGCAUCUUCUCAUGCGGUGCCAUUACACUGUUCCCAUGCGCUAAAGUGCCAGCGGGGACAAUAACACGGGAUUUUCCACAUCCCAAAUCUGUACCUGAUUGAAAAUGACCCGGCAGUAAGCAGAUUCCGUGCCAACAAUCCCAGAAUUUUUGCUUUUUCUCUUGCCCUGUGUAUUGUUUCUACACAGCCCCUAAUCUCCAGCCCUACACUCGGGUACCUUCUUCUCUCAGCAAUAAGCCCAAAUGGACUUACACCGUGGUACUUUCAAAAUGGAGCGGUCCUCCUACCUGCCAAGCCCGUUAGCCUCACCGGCCCUCAUGGUUCUGGCAUCCACGGCCGAAGCCGGUCGUGAUCCUUCAAUCCCCUGCCCCCACCCCAGGCCUUUUGGUGCCCCUGUCUCUAUGGACAAGGAUGUGCAUAUUCCCUUUACUAACGGCUCCUAUACCUUUGCUUCUAUGUAUAACCGACAAGCCUCGGUAUCCAGUAGUUUUCCAGCCCGGGAUUUCCCGCCCUCGCUCCUGCACCUGCAUCCUCAGUUUGCUCCGGCUGGUGUUGACUGCUCACCCAUAGGCGUGCUCAGUCACAGUGCGGUAGGUGCCUUCCGGCCCUUCGCGCCUUCCCCGGAAGAGCGUGACGGCUUGGGAUACCAGUCCGCCUUCACGCCAGCCAAGCGUCUGAAGGGAUGCUUGGAAGCAGAGACCUCGGCCCUCUUGUACUACACAGAUUCAGAAGGGAAAGAAUAUGACUUUUUAGCUGGUCAGGUACCGUCUAGCUCACCAGGCUCCCUGAAGGCCGCAGAAGAAACCAGAAAGAAGAUAUUUUCCAUUUCGGGCCAGUUGUCUGACCGCGAAACAUCGUCCAGCCCUGAGGACUGCAGUGAACAACUCAAGAAGAAGGCUUCCCUUUAUGACAACCAAGCACCUGUCUGCCCCAUAUGCCAAGUCAUUCUCCGGCCCGGUGAGAUGCAGGAGCACAUGAUACAGGAGAUGGACCAGCUGAGCCACCUGCACUUCAGUAAGCUUACAGCCAACAAGGACGGCGUGACUCGGGGCACACACAAGUCUCUCGUUUUAUCCGUUCAUAUCAAAAGUGAGGAGGAGCCUCCCUCAUCACUGCACUGCUCUGAAUACAUUCACCAGUCUGACAGAUACCAGACAUUCUUACGCGUGAGAGCAAACAGACAAACGCGUUUACACGCCCGCAUAGGGAAGAUGAAGCGCCAGAGGUCCGAAGAGGGGCAGAAGGAGUGUGUUAGCAGAAGUGAAGAUGAAUUCACACAUAUCUCUGGAGAGAAUCAUACUCACUUAGAAGAAUACGAGUGGUGCAGGCAGAAGAGGUUACGGGUCCCUUCAGUGCUGGAGCGAAGAUUUAGAGGUUUUGUUGCAUACAACUCCAAAGAGAAUCUUGACAGUGACGUGGACCUGGAUGUGGAUGGGGACGACACACUGGAGUAUGGGAAAACACAAUACAGCGAGACGGACGUGAUCUUAUGUUCAGGAGAUGAGCUGGGAGAGGCUCAGAGGCGAGAAGCUCUGCAGGGGGCCAGUUUGAAUGGUAGCAGUUCCUGUAGCAGAGUAACAUCUGAAUUUUCUAAACGGACCAGCGAUGACAUGCCGUCCACAAGUAUGGGGGACAGCAGCACGCAGGAUCUCUGCACAGACCCCACGCAGAAAACCUGUAAAUCCAGUCACAUCAAAAAGAUUAUUGACGACUCCACUCUGACUACAUUUGAAGCCCUGAAAUCUCGCAUUCGGGAGCUGGAGAAACAGCUGUCACGAGGAGACCGAUAUAAGUGUCUCAUUUGCAUGGACGCCUACACAAUACCCCUGACUUCCAUACAGUGCUGGCAUGUACACUGUGAAGAGUGCUGGCUAAGGACUCUGGGAGCCAAGAAGUUAUGCCCACAGUGUAACACCAUCACGUCUCCGGGGGACCUGAGACGGGUUUACUUGUGAGGAAGCCAAUCAGCAACCAGCUCCCUGCUAUUUUCAGUUGUCUUAUCUUAUCUAUUCCUUUCUUUUUUUAAGCAUAUGCAGUCAGCAUAUUCAUAUACAUGUUUUAUCAAUUUUUUCUGGAUUUCAAAUGCCUCGGAAAGUAGUGUUUUUGUUUUUUUUUUGUCUGUGGACAUCAGGCCUAGAAAUUGACAUCAUUGACCUCUUGUUAAAUGUAUUAUUUUGUAUAUCUAGACUCUAUUUUUCAAAUCGCAUCCAAACCACCAUAUUUUGCAAGGCUUCUUAAAGUCCGUCUCUUGACUCAUAAUGGAGGUACAGUAUAUCACACCAGCUUUGAAGUAAUGCUAUUUGUCUCUCCUAAAGUUCUGUUGCAUGAUAUUCUAUUUGGAAUACAAGAUGUUUCACAGAUGAUAUUGCACCCAUGUCUGUUUGAUUUGGCUGGAUUAGAAUAAUCACUUUCAAUCAAACAUUUUGUGGUGCCGGUGAAGAUAGAAGGCACUUUGUGAAACCUAAAAAAUAAACCUAGGGAGAGAAUGUAAGCACAUGCAAUACAUGAUAAUUCACAGUGACUGUAGGAAAUAUUCACCUCCUCAACUGAAGUAUUUUAUAGAUAUAAAUCUAAUUUUUGGUUUUGUUUUGUUUUAAGGAUAAAGUAUUUAAUUAUGAAACAACAGUGAAACUAUUGUGAAUUGCAAAGUUUGAAAACGCUUCAUUAGACUAGUACUCAUCUCAUCUGAUAUGCUGCUGAGAUCAAGAGUCUCUUCAUUUGUAUAAAAAUUUCAAAACACAAUGACUGCAUCACCUGUCUCUGUGGUCCAAAAUAAACUACUAAAAUGGCUGAGAUCAGGUGCACAGUAUUAUCUUAUAUUAAACAAGUUUUUUUGAUAGAUGAAGAAUGUAUACAGCACUAUCCAAACUCUCCUCGGAUCAUCCUCUUCUUAUAGUAAAAUAUCAGGCCAAAGACAGCUGUGGAAGCCAAAGUCUCAAAGUCCAUAGGUAAUGUAUCUGAAAGGAUUCCAUUUAUAUGAAAUUGGUUUGGGCUUGCUGAAUAAUAGUGAAUAGUGCUACAGACAACACGCAGUACAGCAACAGUAACACAACCUCAGCUGUGAAAUGUGGAGUGUAAACAUCGCGUUUCCAGAACUUCUGCUGGGUGUAGCACAGAAAAUGAAUGGGACUAAAUCCAACCAAAUCUUUGAGGAAAACAUGCUCCAGUCAGCAAAUAACCAAAGACUGCCCUGUUGUUGUAAAAACCUGGAGAUGCUGGCACAGCAAAAAUGGAGUGACUUUACAAACCAGAGAAUGAAUAUCUGGGAGAGGUCAAGGAGGCGAUUUCAGCUGAGAAGAUGCUGUAACAUUUAAAGAAUCCUUUUCCACCAAAGACCCCUGUUAGUGGAGUUUUGCUGUGAAAUUGCUGCCAAAGUUAUUUCUAUGAACUAUUAGUUUAUAGCAAUGAAUAGUUUACCAAAUCAUGACUUAAAUUUUAUUUUAUUUUCCCAUUGUUUCACUGUUGUUUCACAGUAAACAUUUUCUAGUUUCAUCAAACGGCUGCAGUGUAAAUUUGGUAGGAGGUUAAAUGUGUUAACACAUUUACAAUGUGAAUGUUUUAAGUAGAAAUAAUGUGGAAAAGGUUAUGGGGCUGAAUAUUUUCUAUAGAUACUGCUUUUUACAAUGUUUCUAAAUGAAAGACUGUUGAACAUUUAUACACAGGAGAUAUAGUAGGCUUUUGUAAAAGCUGUAUUGGAACACUUAUUGUAUUUUUUUAAACAAAUGUUAACUUAUUAAUGUUGUAUUUCAUUGUGCAGGGGAAGCGAUCGUAUAAAAAGUGAAUUGCGUACAUUUUAAUUCAUUUAAAUGUGACAUUUGUACUUUGAAAUUUAAUAAAAGUAAAAUAGGUAGAAUACAUAUAAAAUACAGGACUUUGUAGGCUUUUUGGCAGCAUAACAGCAUAACACGAAAUCCAAAUAGAAUGUUCACUCGAUAUCUCAACGUGGUUUCUUCCCCAAAGAGGGAUAGCUUGAAAACCCCAAUGAAAAACAAAGAACUUCAAGUCAACUGUAGCGAUGGGACGUUCAACUGAAAGCACAAACUGACACCAGCCUAGUCUGGGAGUGGUACAGUAUGUGACAACAGUAUUAUUGGCACAUUUUUAACUAAAUGUUCUGUUUCUUUAAGAGCUUGUAGUUUUCAUAUGUGUUUAAUGCAGGAACUUAAUAAAGUGACUAGAAAAUUACUAGGAAAUGCAAUUUAGUGCUUUUAUUUAUGGUAUAUAAGUAACCUUUGUGUUAAAAAAAAAAUAAUUUUCCAUAUUCUGGGCCAGAUAUAUGUUUUAUAUAAGUUCUGUGGCACAGUUUUAUAUGUAUUUAUUAUUUUUGCUUUAUUUGUACAGUCAUAUUUGUAUAGUCAUAUUACAUGUCCACCUCAACUUUCUGCAACAUAGCCCACAUUGUUCAAGUUGUUGAAAUAACAAUUUAAAAUACGUGAAGAAACACUUUACUACUAUCUGUCCAGUGAAUUACAAAUCAACUCCAGCAAAUGAUUUGUAGCGUGGUUUGUUUCCCCCUGUUGGUAGCAAAUAGUCAUUACAUAUUAAAUUAACCUUUUCCUUAUUUAGGAGACGCUGAAGCAGCGUGUGCUGCUAAUAGGCUAGCUACUGCAGCUACAAUCUUCUGACUGUACUUGCUUAUUAUUAUUUAUCCCGGGAACAACAAACCCAACCCUGAGAGGCAAAGUAGCAAUAAUGCAUCAAUGUGUGCGCAAGAAAAGCUUCUGGUUUCAUUUGAGAGAUCAAAAAAAUAACAUUAUAGUGAAUGUUUAAUCCAAGUACAGUCACCUGAAUGUAGCGCAAUUAAGGUCAUUGCUUUGUUCCUGCCAUCCAACUUCCAAAACUACUUCAUCAAUACAAGACUGCUGUUAAGUGGUUAUAGAAGCUAAAUAAUGAAAUUUUAUUUAUUGAUUAGAUAAUAAUGACAUAACUGUCUGAAGGCAACUGACUCUAUAGUAAAAAAAUGCAUUUGUGUCUAUGUUUGUGAAGCACGGACAGUAAGUGAACGCUGGAAGGUCAGUUACGAAACAGCAAAAAUUAAUGGUGAUAUGGUUACAUUUGAUUCAGAUAAUUCCACAGUGCAAUGAUUGAUAAUAAAUAUCCAGUCUGUGUUUUCCCAUUAUAUUCAAGACGUAUUGCAGUUUGUGAAGUUCAGAGUCCAACAUGAAAUAUAAAAAUUAAAAUGGGAUGUCUGAAAUUUAAAGACUGAAUUGCUGCUCUAAUCUCAUUGUUCUUUGUGUUAU